AUGAUAGCGGAUAGCGAGGUAAGGAACAGCAAUGGGUCAAUCAUGACCGGACUGCUCAGGACAGAGACGGGAUGCAUAGCUGCAGCGACGCUGCCACCUGAUGGCGUGCUAAGAGCGCGGCCCAUUCGAAGGAUACUUCAGCUACUCAAGAUAACAGAACAGCCAGCACCAGGGACCAUCUCCCCCGUCCUGCCAUUGUCAAGAUUGCAGCAAUUUCAAAACAGACUGCACAAGCGCGCCCAGGUGCUCGAGCAACUCGACCCACGGAGAUGUGCCCAGGCCACCUCGGCAGGGUGUGAAACUUUCUGCGACUUCUCCUGGGAACCCGGCGCGGUUGCCGCCCUCGCGAGACACUUGCCCCUUGUGCAGUCACGCUGCGUUCAAGGUAGCUACUCUUCCGUCGACAAGAAGCUCUGGAUCGCACGCAAAGACCUGGCGCAGGCGGCAUUGGACAUUCGUACAUGGAAAGGCGACCGUGCUGCUGAGACAUACGCGGGCAAGAUGCCCAAAAACGCAGACAGCAACACUCCCCAGAGCGACUGGCCGCAGCUUCUUCUACGGCUUGGCGCAGCAUGCGCUCGGGAAAAAAGCUCGGCGUGUGGAAGCUGUGCGCAAGGACCGCCGUCUAAUCCGACGGAAGGUUUUCUUUCCCCAGAACCGGUACAAGCACGCCUCAGCUGUGAGGGAGGCUUCCGAAAUUCGAGACGUAGCAGAACUUUGUGGCCCCUCGCUGACGUGGCUAUCAAUGAGGAUGGCUUGCCCACACCGACUGACACGCUUGCUUCACAAGUGGUGGGGCGGUGCAAACAUGGAUCAUUGUCCAUUUGCACACAAUGCCAUUCAGUGCAGGCGCGGUGCUUAGAACCAUCAGAUCUGCGACGAACGGCGCCAGCAUUGAUGAGCCCAAAGGUCUGCGCAGCUGGCAAGCACCAGGAAUCCGUGCCCCAGCCAGAGGACAUUCCUGUCGCCUUGCAGAGGCUGCGGCCUCGUGUUCUUGCUGCUCUUCGGUUUUUGGACGUAGACGCAGGGGUUUACCAGACUCAGAGGGCACCCCACGGCUACCGCGUCCACACGGCAAUGAUCCGCUUCAGCUGGGCCUCUACCAGCGUGGAUAACCAAAUCCAAGCUUUACCCGAUAAGAAGGACAGGCGUCGUGCCACAAAAGCCCUUGGGCACUUGCUGACGUGCACGGACAGCGCUUACCACACCUUCUAUGACCUCCACCCGGACUUCUUGCGCAGGCAUGGAACUAACGUCCAGGAGAAAAUGAGAAAGUUGCCCCUGAGCUUCUUGGAGACACCCGGGCGCGGCGAACCGAGCGAACACGGAACCCAGCUCGCCAACAAGGCGUCCCAGGACGGCUAA